UCUAGCCAUUCUGCAAUCAUUAUUUACUACCGGACAGUAUCGAUCGACCCUUGACUUGACCUAGAAUUUGGGACGAGUAUUUAGCACAACUACCCGGUAGAGAAAUCAGUUCAGUCGGAAUUUCCAGAACGGCAAGAAACCAACCAGAUUUCAUUCGACAAAAAGUUCAUUUUAGUUUUUGAAAAUAAUUUCAAAAAAGUCAAAAUGCAAGUCUCUCCUCAAGCUUACGCUGCAUCGAACACUUUUCAAACCCGCGAUGCGCUAAAUGUAAUUCAUCGCGUGAAGGACAAGUAUCCCGACCGCACCUUCAACAUCAUCCUGGACAUCGGCUGCGGGACGGGAAAAGUCACCGACAUUCUAAAAGACACUUUCCCCACCGCCAAAAUCGUGGCGAUUGACAUCGACCCGAACAUGAUCGAAUACUGCACCCACCACAGUCGCCACGCCCACCUAAACAAUCCCAUUUCUCAUCAUCACCACCCCAUCUUCGGGCGGGUCACGCCACCCCCCGUGCAUGCCAUGGAAUACAUCCUAGCCGACUUUUCCCGCCCGUGGGACGACCUUCCCGCCGCUUUGCACGCGUUCGAGGGGCAAAUCGACCUCAUCUUUACGUCCCUCGUAUUUAACUGGAUUCCCGAAGUGGGUAACGCCUGCGGGAAUAUUGCCCACCUGCUCAGCCCGGGUGGCGACAUUUUCGCCAACGUGGCCACCAUGCUGCCCACGUACGGCGUCGCUUUUUCGGAUCCAACCGUUCCCGCCGAAAUUGGGGAAACUUUUAACGGAAUCCCGCUCACGUUUAAGUACCGUUUCGGUUCGGAGGAGGCGCAAAAGGAGAAAUGGCGGGAAGAGUUGGAGGCCCAUGGGGUGGGAAGGGUCGAUAUUGAGUCGCUCGUGACCAGGUGGGAGAUUCCGCAGCCGGAAAUUGAGCAUAACUUGGUGGCAAUUUGUACCUCGUGGUACUUGAAGUAUUUGACGGCGGGAUGUUUGGAUGAGAAGGAGGAGGAGGAGAGGGAAAAGGUGAAGGCGGAUAUGUAUGAAGCGGUGAAGGCGGCGCAUUCCAUUCCGCGGGAGGAGAUCGAGGAGGACGUGGAGGAUGAGGUGUUGGAUGGGGAUGAGGGGGUGGAAAGGAAGGUUUUUAUUCUGCCGAGAUAUGUGAUUAACGCGACGAAGAUUUAAAAAUUGGCGGGACGAUUUAAAUACGUAGUAGAUUGGUAGAUAAAUAUGCAAAUAAGAGUGAAGUACAUUGUUCAUAGUUUAAUAAGACAUAAUUUAUCAAAUUAGGCGUAAUUUGAGCUUAACGAUGUGAUAUUUAGCAGGAUUUUAUAGCUUAAAUUUUCCGAUUUAUGUAUUUAGUAUUCAAAACGGCUGGAUUUUGAAAAGCCGGUUUUCGAUUUUUUCUGAUUAUGACAACUUUUUGUUAUCCGUUAAUUAUGAGACAGCAAAUAUUAAAUUAUGUUUAACGUUGUUUAAUGUUUAGCCAAAUUUUAUAAUACGCAUGCCUAAAUUUUCUGAUUAUUUAUUUAAACAGUAUGACAUAUUUACAUAAUGUGAAUAAAUGGAUAUUCUGUAAACUGAGAAAUUCUUACGUUAUUUGAUUGCUUAGAAUUAUCUACAUAGAUUAGUGCAAAUAAAGAAUAUUGUUUGAAAAAUGUA